UAAUUUGAAAGGAAUGAAGAUAGCAAGUUCAGAAGGAUAGGAAGAAAAAAGAACAAAGGGGUACCAGUACUGUCACCCUUCUAAAUGGCAAAUAUUUUUGUCUAGAAAACCCAGAUGAAACAGAUUUUUGCUUGUUUUGGUGGAGACAGGGUCUCAAUACGUAGCUCCUACUGGCUUGGAACUGGAUAUGUAGAUCAGAUUGGAGUUGAACUCAGAGAUCCACCUGCCUCUGUCUUUCCAGUGUCAGGAUUAAAGAUGUGAGCCCAAACACUCAGUCACAUGACUUUGUACACUACCGAUUUUCUGGAAGCAAUGGGAAAGUUUAAAAUCAGUAUACUAUAGCAAGUGCAUUUAAGAAACAGUUUUGUUUUGUUUUCACUCCUGACUCUUCCUAGCCCUUCUGACAUGGCCUCCUGUGUUCACUCCCACAGGAAUGACUUGCUAAUGGUCUGCCGACAGGUGAAUAUGGAAGAGUCAGUGGCUGAGAUCAUGAGCCAACUGGGCACAGAUGAGAAAGGGAAGAUUUCCUUCCAAGACUUCACAAGGUGCCACACGCAGCUUGUUAGAGAGAUUAGGAAGGAGGAAGUAGACCUGUUCAUGAAGUCAGACAAGUCCGGUAAAAAGAAGCUGAGGGAAAGAAUCACUUCCUGGCCUACGAGAAGUGACAACAGUCUGGGUGCUUUGUCAGCAACCAGGGAGAGCUGGGAGUAUGAUUCAGGUGCCAGGGAUCUCCAGAGCCCCGACUUGCAGAGCCAGCUGCCCCUCCAGAAGCUGCUGGAGUAUGGUGAAAGCUCUUUGCCUCAGCAGGCUGUGCUCCACAAGCUUCUCACGCAGUCCCCGAGUUUUGGCACUUCUACAGGUGGAAGCUAUCUAGAGCUGGCUAGUACCGUGAGUACUUCUCUGUUCACUGAACACAUUUUCUGACCUGUCUGAAUUCCAAUACCAAUAUUUUAAUAUUAAGCUCCAAGGGAUAUACUGAGUAUUGUCUUUUCUUUCGAGCUAAAUAUUGUACUAUUUCAAUUGCUGCUGGUAUUGUUGAGCAUUCCGCAGUUUUUAGUACUUAAGGGCUUAGGAACUUCCGUUCUUGCUAUAACAAUAGAGCAGGCUUCUAAAUGGUGUUUUGAUUAACUCUUUCUUGUAGAGUCUGAUUUACUCAAGUCUACCACAGCUCUUCUAUAACACUCCUGUGGUACCAGACAUUAUAGACCAACACAAUUCUUUCUGUUUCUGAAUUUGGACAUUACUCUUUUGGAAAAAAGGAAAGAAAACAUGUUUCAUUGGAAGUUUGAUUAAUGUUCAGGCUUAUACUUUUAAGGUUAUUUCCAUGGGAAAACUUAGUAGUAAUCAAUGCUGACUGUCUUGGGGAAAGAACUAUUGGCUUCCUUAAGUCAGAGUUGAGGGAUGAGUGUGUGUGGUUGAUGACUGGCUCCUUUUCAGAGACAUACUGAGAUUAUUAUCUAAAUUCUGUGGGAGUUUCCUCCCUCCCCUCUCCCCUCCCUCUCCUUUUCUCCUUCCCUCCUUCCUUCUUCCCUCUUUCCCUCCUUCCUUCCCUCCCUUCUAACCUCCCUCCACCCCCUUCCUGGCUCCUAAAAUUUAAGUUUGAACAGAUGAUAGCACGUUUAUAACCGUGAUUCCCAGUUUGCUCUGAUAAAGGCUGCAGACUCAUAAGGACAUGUUAUAGCAUAUUUUCUAGUCAUAUGUUUUGAAGGGAGAUGUUUGAAAAAGUUAAUAAUCAUAAGACUCUUGAAAUAAUGAAAAUGCAAAAAUUAUAGAAACCCUUAAUGACAUUCUACAAAAUUCCUGACCAGUAUUUGUCAAAACCACUAAGGUUAUUAAAACCAAAGAAAGUCUGGGAGGAGAAACUUUUGGUCUACAAAGGUAUAACCUAAAUGUAACAUCAUUCCUUUGGUGAGAUUCUGGAUAAUAAAAAUCUAAGGAGACCCAGGGAAUAUACUCUCAUUGAUAGAUAAUGUUGCAUCCUGAGCUGUGACAAAGAUCAUCAAAUAAAUAAAAUAACAUGAUAAUAAAUGAGCCAAACUUGGAACGCUACUUUGGAACUUUUCUAUAAGUCUAAAGCUGUUCACAAAGUUAAAAUGUUUUUAAAAUUUAAAAUAUGAAGAGCACCUGUACAUACAAUCCUUUUCUGGACAUGAUUAUGUCUCUAAGGCCUGUCAAAUCAUCUGUGGUUAUUGUACUAUUUCUUCUUGACCACCCUUCAAGGACAACCUUAUACAGUUUGAACAAUGAAUAUAACUAUUGUACCUGUUUCCUCUGUGUUCAAUAGACCAGGAAAUUGGUGGUAAAUAUGUCUGGCAUGGGUCUAAAUUUAGCUAUGCAUGUUACAAUCACUUCCAGCAGACUGAAUCUUCCCUAUACUACAUCAACUGAGCUUUGUAGCUCAUCAACAAUCUUUGUAGCUCAAAGAUUACACUGUACUUCUGAUCCCACUGCCUCCACCCCCUGAAUUCUAAGACUGUUGGCACUUACCAUCAUGCCUGGGCUAUAUAGUGCUGGGAAUUCAACCCAUGAUAGUGUACAGGCUAAGCAAGCACUCUAGCAAUUGAGCUAUAAUCCCUAACCCCUGAUGUCAUUUUCAAGAUAGUUAAUGCCAUAGCAAUAUAGAUGACUUUAAAAUCAUUAUACAUUAUACACUGUGGAACACCGUAGGAGCUGAUAGCUUUCUAUUUCAAAGAGGAUCUGCAGUACCUGGCUUUCCAGCAACAUCCUGAGUGGACUCCUAUGGUCCUAUCUCUCCUUAGAAGAAGCAGGUACAAUCUCCAGGUUUCAUCUGGCUGGGUCCUCUGAGUUUUGUGAUCAAAGGACUCAAGAUAAUGAGUUCUUAUAUGCUUCAUACAUUUCCCCUCCCUGAGUGGAUGGAGCUAAAGAUUGUCUCAGCAGAUGCUAGCUUGAUAAAGUCUCCCUUAAAUGCCAGGUUUGUGUGGUGCCAUUUCUCUUGACAUGUGAACCUACAUGUUCAUAACAGAUCAAAAAAUGGAAACCACCAAAGGCCAACCACUGGGGUUACUUACAGGAAUAUAAGUGAGAAGAUAUACAGGAGCAGAAAUAACUCAAAGACAGCUGCAUCAACCAAAGCCCACCCCAAUGUGAGUGGCAGCAUCCAAAAGCUGGAAACAUGUGUUUACUAUAUAGCUUACAGACAACUCAUUGGUUUGUAGACUCUCUCUUUUAGGCAGCUCCAGUGGUCUGAGUCUCUUCUCAGUCACUCAGCUGAUUUCUGCAAAAGGCAGCCCUGUUGGUUAGAGAGUUUCUUUCAGAGUCUUUACAGUGUAUAUAAGAUUGGGGAGAGAGGGACCUUGAAAAUCUGGUCAGUUUUGGGAACAUCCUGAAGUUUUUGAAUUGAGUACUUCCUGAGUGAUAGCAAGCUUUCUAGCUGGAUAGAGUCUUUCGCUUCCUCUGGAAAAUUUUGUUUUAAUGAGUUUCCUUCCCAGACAGAUGGUUUUAUCACAGAGGAAAUUCUUAUGCAAUACCAGGCACUCAGCUCCUAUAAUAGCAGUUAGUGUACUUCAGCUUAUAGACCUUUCUGUUUGUCUAUGGCUAUCAAAACCUGUGAAAGAUAACAGUGAUAUGUGUUGGCAGAUAAUCAUUGUAACACACUGAACAAGUUAGAAGUGAUUCAAUAGCACAAGUAAUUAACAAGUACACAUAUGACCAAAUAAAUAAAUAAAACUGAACACACUAAAGGUCAUCCUUUGUGAGAACCUGUAUGAAUACAGACACUGAAGUGCUAUGAUGGCAAUAUAUUCUCACAGAGAGGAAAACAGAAAAAUUUAACUAAGGUUGAACCUUAUUAUGUGUUUAAACCUUGGUACAGGAGGUUGA